UGUGUAUCUGGAAUGAAUUUUAGGUCUUUAAGUCCAUCUCAGGAAAAAUCAGAGCAAAAACAAAGGUGUUGCGUUUAUAUUUUUGUUCAGUGUAUGUGCAAACCUGUUUUAGGGGGUCAGAUAGGAGAAACGAUUAUUCAGUCAUUCUGGUUCUGACCUGAUUGAGUUGUGGUUUUAUGUAGGAGGUAGGAUGAAGGAUGUUUUAUUUCAACAUGACCAUAAUGACUGAAUGAUUCACCAUCAGCUACAGGACUCUAUGUGUGUCAUUUGUGACUUAUCACAAACGUUAUCUUAAGAGCUUAAUCAAGCGGAGUAUCAGUGUUCAGACGUAGAUUCUGAGCUUAUGGUCUAAAACUGUUUCUGCUGACGUGAUAGCAAACACAGUAGAGAUCUAUCAGCUCUCAGGAAUACUGUGUCAUGUUUUAUCAUCUCCAGAGGAGUCACACUUUUGUUUGCUGCUUCUGUGAUUAGAUGUGAGCAUUGCAUGUGCAAUAGGGGAGGGUUAUGUGCAGUGACCCCCUAAACUUGAGCCCACUGGCUGCUGAAGAUGCAAUUCAUCUGUUCUGUUAAUCGAGUUAGGAGCGGAGAACGGAGCUGCUCCCUUUGUGGAAACAGUGAUUAUGAAAAUGAAUUUAAGAAGCAAAUGAAUCAUGUUUUCCUGUUUCUGAUUGUGUGUUUUCAUCAUAUCUCAAAUCAAACCUGUCGGUACACAUCCAACUAUGGGAAACUUGGGGAAAAAAUGGGGAUUUCUAGGGGUGGAGCAGCAAGGGAAGCAGAACAAAAACGUUUUUUUCUCUAACAUGGGACACCAUUAUCAAACUCUUUUGUGGAUUGAGCAACAUGGAGAUGCUGCUCUAUCACAAAACCUCCUUGACAGAUGUUCUGGCGUUCUUUGGCGGAUUAGCAGUUUUUCUCUACCUGCUGAAACUCACCUGGAGAUGUUGGUGUGGACUCAGACAGUUUGUCUUAUCAAGGUUUUGGCGGACAGAUUUAAGGACAUAUGGACAAUGGGCAGUUGUCACCGGAGCCACCUCUGGUAUUGGUAAAGCUUAUGCUUGUGAGCUGGCACAAAGAGGUCUGGAUGUUGUUCUGAUUGGCAGGUCUGAGGAUAAGCUCAGAAUGGUUGCCAAGGAGAUUGAGAACAAGUAUGAACGACACACUCACACCAUCCGAGCAGACUUCACUGAUGGCUGCAGCAUCUACCCUGCUAUUGAGAAGGAACUUCGAUGCCUGGAGAUUGGAAUUCUGGUUAACAACGUGGGAAUGAUCAGCACAGAUCGUUUUGCCUAUUUUCUGGAAAUACCAGAAGCUGAGCAGAAAAUCACUCAGCUUGUCAACUGUAACAUGUUGUCCGUCCCUCAGAUGACCAGGCUGGUUCUUCCGAGCAUGGUGGAGAGAGGAAAGGGACUGAUCGUCAAUAUCUCCUCAGACAUGGGUGUCCGUCCACAGCCUCUGUUGGCUCUUUACUCCGCCUCCAAGAUAUUUGUAACAUAUUUAUCUCAGUGUCUACAUGCUGAGUACAAGUCAAAGGGAAUUACUGUUCAGUGUGUGGCUCCCUUGAUGGUGUCCACCAACAUGACACACAACAUGGAGGUCAACUGUUUUGUGAAGAGUGCUUCAGCCUUCGCCUGUGAGGCCGUGAACACCGUGGGUUACUCCACCUACACCAGCGGCUGCCUGUCUCAUGCGCUGCAGAGUGCAGCUCUCUCCCUCCUCCUGCCAGACUGGCUGCGUAUGUCGUCGUUUCUCAUCAAAAAGCUGAAAGCCUUCCCGAACACAAAUGAAAGAAAAACAUGCAAAGAAAAACAGAUGUUUAGUGCAAAAGAGGAGUAGAGGUGUUUACAUCUGGAAAAGAGAAUAAAACUGAUCCUGUACUAUACUGUAAUAACAAAAUGCAUCAUGGUUGUAUUGUGAACAUUUGUUUUUUAUUUCAAAUUAAACGUGGUGUUUUGUGGGAGAUUUCAAAUAGCCUUACUGAUUCAAGGAUUAUUACUCUUUACUACAGUUAUACUGCUAAUCCUUUAAAGCCUGAUACAUGUAAUAACAAUCAGAAGAUUUGUCUGUCAAAACAAAGACUGAUCGUUAGUUGGCUGAUGUUAAUAAUCAAUAAUCUAGUGCAGUAUUUUGAUCUUCCACAAGGAAGCAGAAUAUUUGUGCAGAAUCCAGUGGAGCAGAAGCCAGAGGAAUUACUAAUCCUAAACCGAAACCUAGGGGCAUUUUUGCUAAUAUGAUACAUUUGGCUUUAAAGGGUUUUAAAUGGUUAAACAGAGAAAUGGGACACAUUUUAGUAGAUCAACUCUGUGAUAUAUUCAGUGAUAUGUAUGCAAACUGUAACCUAUGUUCAGUAAUUAGCUCCAUUUAUAGCUGAAUUCACCCUUUUAAUAAUUAGAUGACCUGCUGAUUCUUCCUCACUACCUUCUCUUCGUGCUGCUAUCUAACAAUACUGCCUUUCUCGAGAUCAUGUUUUACGUGGUUCUUACUGAUUUUUAUACUCCUUCCAAUUUUUCAGUAAAAAACAUUUUCAU